UAAGGGGGUGAGCGUGACUCAGAGCUUUAGGUAAGGAACAGUUCAUUCCCAUCCUUGUUUAGGACUCCAGUACGCUGCGCCCAGUCUGUACAUUGAGAGGGUUGUCCUACCAACAGCAUCACAAGAAACACUUCUAGGUUAUGCAGCUGAGAAGCUGAAGACAGUAUUGUGACUGAGAGGCAAACAAGGACAGUGUACAAACCCAGGGAAUCCGGGAAGGACACAUGGCAUCACCUUUGAGCCAGGAUGAAACUUUCGAAGAGGAGGACCGCCAGAUCACCAGAUUGGAUCCGAAAGCGGUGCAGCCUGGUCGCUCUGGAGCCUAUGACCUGGAGAAGAGGAGACAGAUGGAGGGUGAUCCAGAAGGGCACUUCCACAAAAUCCAGCUGGACACAGAAACAGGUCUCAACCCCGGAGUGAACAGGAAGCUAUUUACAAACCCAGGCAGAGGAAGCCACCAGUCAUACGUGGAGCUGAAUGAGCUGAAGAUGGACACGACUAAGGAGCAGUUCUGGCAGGAGACGGCGCGCUGGGUCCGAUUCGAGGAGGACUUCAACGAAGAUGUGGAGCACUGGGACAAGCCGCACGUCUCCUACCUGACCUUCAGCAGCCUGCUGGAGCUGCGUAGGACCAUGGACAAGGGGGCUGUUCUCUUGGACCUGCAGGAGCAGAGUCUGGCGGGCAUUGCCAGCAAGGUGGUGGACAGCAUGGUGAAGGACGGCCAGGUCAGCGAGCAGGACCGGGCCCAGCUGCUCCGGGCUCUGCUCCUCAAACACAGCCACCCCAAGCAGCCAGCCUCCCCCUCGGAUCCUCUCCUGGAGGGCGAGCACAUCGAGAUGGAGACCUUCUCUGUCACCCAGGAGAGGGAUUCUGCAGAGAAUACAGAGGCCACCGUUGUGCUUGUAGGCGAGGCGCAGUUCUUGGAGAAGCCCGCCAUGGCGUUCGUGCGUCUGAAGGAUCCGGUGGUGCUGGAGUCGGUGCUGGAGGUGGAGCUCCCUGUGCGCUUCCUCUUCGUGCUGCUCGGUCCCAGCCUGCACCGGAUGGACUACCACGAGAUGGGACGAGCCAUCUCCACUCUCAUGGCAGACCGGGAGUUCAACGCGGCAGCGUACCUGGCAGAGAGCCGCAGAGCACUGGUGACCGGGAUCAAGGAGUUCCUGGACUGCAGCAUCGUGAUCCCUCCCUGCGAGAUCCAGAACGAAGGCCGACUGCGUUCCAUAGUGCAGUUCCAGAAGCAGCUCCUAAAGAGCCGCUCCAGACCGCUGGAGAGCGAGGGAGAGAAGCAGCUGUCGAAGAGACCAGGGAAAGUCCUGCCUUCCAAGGCUGGGGACGUGGACGACCCUCUCAGGCGGACAGGGAGACCCUUCGGGGGGCUGGUGAAGGACAUCAAGCGACGCUACCCUCACUACAUCAGUGACAUCACCGACGCACUCAACCCCCAGGUCCUGGCCGCCGUCAUUUUCAUCUACUUCGCUGCCCUCUCGCCCGCCGUCACGUUUGGGGGGCUGCUGGGGGAGAAGACGAAGAACUGGAUGGGGGUGUCGGAGCUGCUGGUGUCCACAGCUGUUCAGGGGGUCCUGUUCUCUCUGGUGGGGGCCCAGCCCCUCCUUGUCAUCGGGUUUUCAGGACCGCUCCUGGUCUUCGAGGAAGCCUUUUUCGGGUUCUGUGAAUCCCAGGGGUUCGAGUACAUCGUGGGGCGCGUGUGGAUCGGGUUCUGGCUCAUCCUCAUUGUGGUUGUGAUUGUGGCGUUCGAGGGCAGCUUCCUGGUGCGCUUCAUCUCACGUUUCACCCAGGAGAUCUUUUCCUUCCUCAUCUCCCUCAUCUUCAUCUACGAGACCUUCUUCAAGCUCUACAAGAUUUUCAAGCAACACCCCUUGCUUAAGAAUUAUGACCCCCCGAACUCCAAUGCAGACAAUAGCACAGCUAGCAGCACCUCGAAUGUCUCCUACCCCAACACUGCCCUGCUGUCCCUGGUUCUCAUGUUUGGAACUUUCCUCAUUGCCUUCUUCCUCAGGAAAUUCAAGAACAGCAUGUUUCUACCAGGGAAAAUCCGUCGUAUUAUCGGGGAUUUUGGAGUCCCUAUCUCCAUCCUCAUCAUGGUUCUCAUAGACUUCUUCAUCACUGACACCUAUACCCAGAAACUGAGUGUGCCCUCCGGUCUGUCGGUGUCUCUCGAGGAUCAGAGAGGCUGGUUCAUCAACCCCAUGGGGCUGAAGGAGGAGUUCCCCAUUUGGAUGAUGUUUGCAUCUGUCGUCCCGGCGCUGCUGGUCUUCAUUCUCAUCUUCCUCGAGUCUCAGAUCACAACGCUUAUCGUGAGCAAGCCAGAGAGGAAGAUGGUAAAGGGCUCCGGGUUCCACCUGGACCUGCUGCUGGUGGUGGGAAUGGGAGGAGUGGCUGCCCUCUUUGGGCUGCCCUGGCUCAGCGCGGCCACGGUGCGCUCUGUCACCCACGCCAACGCGCUGACCGUCAUGAGCAAGGGGGCCAAACCGGAGAUUGAGAAGGUGCUGGAGCAGAGGAUCAGCGGGAUGCUCGUCGCCAUCCUUGUGGGUCUCUCUAUCCUGAUGGAGCCCAUUCUGAAGCUCAUCCCCCUGGCUGUGCUCUUCGGGAUCUUUCUGUACAUGGGGAUCACCUCCCUGAACGGCAUCCAGCUGUUCGACAGAAUGCUCCUCCUGCUGGUCCCCCCGAAAUACCACCCUGACGAGGCCUACAUCCACCGGGUGAAGACGUGGCGCAUGCACAUGUUCACCCUGAUUCAGAUUGUCUGUCUGGUGCUUCUGUGGGUGAUCAAGUCCACCCCUGCCUCGCUGGCUCUGCCCUUCAUCCUCAUCCUCACCAUCCCCCUGCGCAGGUUCCUGCUCACCCGCCUCUUCAGCGAGCUCGAGAUCAAAUGCUUGGAUGCAGACGAUGCCAAGGUGCAGUUUGAUGAGACUCUAGGAGAGGAUGUCUACGAUGAGACCCAAAUGCCCGUCUAACCUCCGCGGGAGGCCCUUCACAAUUCUAAUCAGGAUUCACUCCGAGCUUCCGUACAUCUCCAAAAUACUACCCGGGGACCCAAAAGUGCCUUCCAGCCAAUACAAGGCAUGAACGCAGAUUAAAAAUUUCAGGGAUCGAAAAGUCUAAGCCAUAUAGAAUUCAUGAACCAAUUCCUGUAUUAGCAAUAAUUUAGAUUCAUUUUCAAGUGCCUAUACUGCCAUGCUGGACUGUUACUGGAAACAGAAUUGAUCUAUGCAGGGGUAUAUUCUCCUGAACCUCCAAGUUUAGGUUUUAUUUGGUGAUAACUUAGGGUCAGCUGAAAAUGUAUAUAAAAUACGCUUUCAAUCUUUCUGUACCUUCAGUUUCCACUUAUCAUCAGACCGUUGUGGUCUCGAAAGCUUGUGUGUAUAUAUAUAUAUAUAUAUAUAUAUAUAUAUAUAUAUAUAUAUAUAUAUAUAUAUAUAUAUAUAUAACCUAUUCAGCUGAUCCUAUUAUUUAGUCAUUGUCAAACCUGAUAUUGUUAAUGUUAGGCUCAAACAUUCCUUAUUUGUGUGACUGCCAGGAAUGAAUAUAUGCGACUCCUGUAUAGUGGAUAGCUUGCUUGUUAUUUUCAUUGCUACCUUAAAUGCACUUAUCACCAAAAGUCCCAGUAAUAUGAUCAACAAAGCAAAUUGCUUCAACCUGCUCCUGUGCUUUGCUUUAUUAAUGCUGAUUUUUUAGAUAUUAAAAAGUGCUUUAAUGAUUUAGAAUUCUGUAUCAACAAGAUUUAAAAAAAAAAAAAAAAAAAAAAAAAUUAAAA